UCCUGGGUCAGACAGGGCUGCGGAUGCUUCCAUUGUGAGCCUGGAGCUGCUGCUCCCCAGCGGUCUCUGGGCCUGGCAGAGACCUUCAAUACAGCCCUUCUGUGCCCAGCCUAGUGGGGACUUUCUCCAGUGGCUGCAAUCAUCCCCUUGCACAGUCCUCGGCUCUGCCGACACCAACUCCCGAGCCAGAGACUUCAGUUUCCCACAGUAUCCCAAGAAGCCUCUAAUGGGCAGCAUGGUGUAGUCAGCAAGAACCUAGAAGAGUCUCUGCAGCCCUGCCCUGCUGUUGACCUGCUGUGCAGCCUAAGGGGCUGGUGACCCUCAAGGAAGUGGCUGUGUAUCGCAGCGAGGGGCAGUGGGCUCUGCGGGGCAGCCCUCUACAGACGGCAUGCAGGAGAGUUAUGAGACUUCAGCCAUAGUCGUAGGUGAGUCUCCAGUGAGUGUGAGGGAGGCAGAGAGUCCCCAGCAGGUAGGUCCUGAGUCCAUGGAUCUUCAGGGGAUGGUGCUGGAAAGAGCCAAAGGGGACCUUUCCCAGACCCCCGAGCAUGAAACUGCUGGUGUGAAUCGCCGUAGGUCACUCAGGCACAAGGGAAAGCCACCAGGGGAGGUUGAGCUCAAGGACACCACUUGCAAGGAACCCCCCGAUGCAGAGAGGCCCAACACAUGCAGUGAGUGCGGGAAGGGCUUCCGCUGGCGCUCAGCCCUCAUCGACCACCAGCGACUGCACACGGGUGAGCGCCCCUACCGCUGCCCUGACUGUGGGCGCAGCUUCAGCCGCAGCUCCAACCUCACCACCCACCAGCGCCUGCACACGGGCGAGCGCCCCUACGUGUGCCCCAACUGCGGUAAGGGCUUCAACCACAGCUCCAACCUGGCAGCCCACCAGCGCGUGCACACAGGGGACCUGCCCUACAAGUGCCCUGACUGUGGCAAGAGCUACAGCGUGAGCUCCUACCUCCUGCGGCACCAAAAGAUCCACACAGGGGAAAGGCCUUACCAGUGCGACGAGUGCGAGAAGAGCUUUGGGCAGAGCUCAACCCUGGUGAUCCACAAGCGCGUGCACUCAGGGGAGAAGCCGUACAAGUGCCCUGCUUGUGGCAAGUGGUUCCGGAACAACUCUGACCUGAUCCGGCACCAGAGGAUCCACACUGGGGAGCGGCCCUACCAGUGCGGCCAGUGCGGGAGGAGCUUCAGUGAGAGCUCGCACCUGACAAGGCACCGCAGAACUCACACGGGGAAGAGCGCCCACCCCUGCCCAGACUGCAGCAAGUGCUUCAAGAGCAGCUCCCGGCUGGCCAAGCACCAGCGCGCUCACACAGGGGAGAAGGACUACUGCUGCCCCGACUGCGGGAAGAGCUUCAACCGGAGCUCCAACCUCAUUGUCCACCAGCGGUCCCAUCUGGAGCAGAAGCCAUACAAGUGCCUGGACUGCACCAAGACCUUCAGCUGCAGCUCCCAGCUGAUCAGGCAUCAGAGGAUCCACACGGGGGAGAAACCCUACAAAUGCCUGAGCUGUGGGAAGAGCUUCACCGUCAGCUCACAGCUCACGUCACACCAGAGACUCCACACGGGAGAGAAACCUUAUCACUGCACUGAUUGUGGGAAGAGCUUCCGUCACAGCUCAGGGCUUGUUUCCCACCAGAAAAGGCAUACUGGGGAGCAGCCGAACGCAUGUGGUAAGUGUGGAAAAGGCUUCUGCCACAACUCAGACCUCACCAGACACCAGCGGGCCCAUGGGGGUGAGUGGCCUCACCAGUGCCCCGAGUGUGGCAAGGGCUUCCCCGUCCGCUCGGCCCUGGCCACCCACCGGCGCAUCCACACAGGGGAGCGUCCCUAUGCCUGCGAUGCCUGUGGCAAGCGCUUCAGCCAGAGCUCCCACCUCAUGCAGCACCUGCGCUCCCACACGGGUGAGAAGCCCUACCGCUGCCCCGACUGCGGGAAGAGCUUCCGGGAAGGCUCCACGCUGGCCCGGCACCGACGCACCCACCGCUCGGAGAAGCCCCACACCUGCUUCCACUGUGGGAAGGGCUUCCAUGAGAAGUCCAACUUUGCCCGGCACCAGCGUGUGCAUGCAGGGGAGCUUCCCCCCACUGGGGUGGGGGCUGCUAGGGAGGAGGAGGAGGAGAAGUCAUACAUCUGCCCUGACUGUGGGAAGGGCUUUGGGCGCAACGCCUACCUGACCCUGCACCAGCGCACCCACACGGGCGAGCGCCCCUACACCUGCCCCGACUGCGGAAAGAGCUUCAGCGCCAGCUCCAACCUGACCCGGCACCAGCGGGUCCAUACGGGCGAGCGGCCCUACCCCUGCGCCCACUGCGGAAAGCGCUUCUCCCAGAGUUCCACCCUCUUCGUGCACCUCCGCACGCACACGGGCGAGGUUCCCUACCGCUGUGCCACCUGCGGCCGGGGCUUCAGCCAGAACUCCACCCUCCUGGCCCACCAGCGUGUCCACACCGGUGAGCGGCCCUAUCGCUGUGCUCGCUGCACCAGGGGCUUUGCCACCAGCUCUGAGCUCACCAGGCAUCUCGGGGGGCAUGCCGGGGAGGGGCCCACCCCUGCAGCCACUGCCCAAAGAGCUUCCCCACCAGUCUGCUCCUUCACAGGCACCAGAAAAGCCACCAGUGAUGGAGGGGUCUGGCUCCACACAGAUGAGCUGCACAGCAAGAUAGGGCACCCUCGGAGGGGUGGCAAGGUGCCAUAAAGAGUGGGUGGCAGAGCUGCCCUGCAUGAGUUAUUCAUGGGUAGAUUUCAGAGGUGUUUCAGUGCCUACAGGUGUAGACAGGCAUCUCAUGAAUUUACAAGUAGGCCCAGUUCCCGUUGGCCUUCGGUGGGCUUCCAAGCUCUAUCACUGCCAGAUUUUCUGUUCAACGGGAAAUUCAGGGGUUUUCAGAACUUUUUUCUGUUCCUAAACAGAACCAACACAUUCCUUGACUCCCUGUGAAGCAAUAUUCAACCCUCAGUCCAAACCCAGGCUUCUUUUUAUUAAAUUACAUAGUAUAUGUUGGGGGGGGGGAGUUCAUUGAAAAGUCAUUUCCAAAUUAAAUCAGGCCCUUCUGAAAAAUAUCAAAGUGAACAUUUUAUCCUCAUUGGAUAGUCUACACAAAAUUAUAUCAAAAUCCAUUUAUGAAUCAUUUCAAUUUCAGUGAAAUGGCAUUUUCUGCCAAAAAGACAUU